UCAGGUCAUACCAUGCGUCCACCCCAUCCCCGCUGGCAUGUACCCUGGCCGCAUGAUCAGGGUGCAAGGCAGCACUCCUCCUGGCGCACAGAGGUUCGCAAUCAACUUCCAAUGCGGUCCCAACACGGAUCCUCGCGAUGACAUCGCCCUCCAUCUCAACUUCCGAUUCGUGGAGAUGUGCGUCGUCCGUAACCAUCUCACAGCUAUGAACUGGGGAGUUGAAGAGACCAAUGGAGGCAUGCCGCUCAGCAGGGGAGACUCUUUCGAAGCUCUUAUUCUGUGUGAACCUCAGUCUUUGAAGGUGGCAGUGAACGGAGUCCAUUUCUGCGAGUUUCCCCACCGCAUCCCGUUCCAGAGGAUCUCUCACCUCACUGUGGACGGUGACGUCAUGAUCCAGCUGAUCGCCUUCGAAGGUGCCCAGCCACCGCAGCAGAUGUACAUGUCUGGACCGCCUGCGUACGGCGCGUACGGCGCUCCACCCCCGGCGUACGGAGCCCCCGGCUACGGCGGAGCACCACAAGGUCAAGUUGGACCCCAAGGAGCAAUGUAUGGCGGUCAACCACAACCACAGUUAGUUCAAGGCCAACAGCGGGGUGGUGUGGGGACGGGGGCAGCGGUGGGUAUGGGGGCCGCCGCCCUCGCCGCGGGGGGAAUUGCGGGGUACGCCAUGGGAGGUGGAUUUAACAGCGCCAGUCCUCCACCAGCGGUGGAGACGGCGUCGUUUUCAGAAUCCAUCGACUUUGGUGGAGACGACUGGAUGGAUUGA